AUGAAUUGGGAUACUCUUUGCUAUAGUAUUGCAACAUUUAUUGCAGGCAUUUUUGUCCUGGACUAUGGAGCCGACAAAUUCAUCGACCAUACAGUCAUCCUGGGCCGGCGAUUCGGCAUUUCGCCCACUCUUAUUGCUCUAUUGACCGCUGGCGCUGAAUAUGAAGAGCUCGCCGUUAUUAUUGCAUCUAUCCUGCAGGACCGCACCCCUCUCGCCCUGGGAAACGUAAUGGGAUCGACGAUUUCCAACAUCCUCGGGGCCUUUUCCUUGGGUCUGGUCUGCCAUCCGGAGAAGAUCCAUAUCGACAGCAGUGCGAAGAUAUAUUCAAGUAUUUUGUCUGCCGUCGCGACUUUGUUUGUCGUCUUGGCGUAUUUCCAACAGCUGAAUCGAGUCACUGGCGGGCUACUUAUUGCCGGGUUCAUUCUUUAUCUCGUCUCCAUCGGGGUUGCCAUUUAUUUGGGUGUUCAAGAGCCUCUUGAGGGUGAUAUCGACGGCAACAGCGAUAGCGAUAGCGACAGUGAAAAUGAAGAAUCAGAGAAUUCCCCCCUGUUAAACCGACGCCCUCCCAAGCGAGCCAUCCGACAUAUCUUCCAGCUGGUACUUGGUCUCCUAGCACUCUCUCUAUCAGGAUAUAUCCUUGCCCACAGCGCAGGCAGUAUAGCCGAUUGUCUGCAUCUCUCCGGGACCGUCUUUGGACUGACUGUGAUCGCGUUUGCGACGACGUUGCCCGAGAAGCUGGUGGCGGUGGUGAGCAGUUCCCGAGGAGAGGGCGGGAUCAUCGUCGCCGCUACGGCGGGGAGUAAUAUCUUUUUAUUAACAUUGUGCAUGGGGAUUAUAGCUGUGGUUGGCAUCCCUGACAACCGGACUGAUACUUUUAUCUGGGUUGAUCUGCUUGUUGUUUGGCUUUCUUCGCUGUCUUUUACCGCUGUUGUCUUUCUUGGGCCCAGUCGUCUGGUCGGGCUUGUCUUUCUGGCUGCAUAUAUAGUGUAUAUAGUCAUGCGGUUGGUAUAG